GAACUAAAAACACAAUUCAUUGACUCAGUCUCCUCCAAAUGAAGCUCAAUCAUUUUAGUCAUCCUCAUCCUUUGGUGCUGGUGGAAGAGCAGGAGAUGGAUUGGAUUAGUAUAAUUUAUAACUGCUCGGCAUGUCAGGAGCGGGUAGAGGGCUCCAGCUACAACUGCUCAGAGUGUGACUUUUGUCUUCAUAAGUCUUGUGCUGAGCUACCAAGGGAAAUCAAUCAUCCCUCUCACCUCUACCAUCCCCUCAUUCUUUAUGAGAAGCGACCGAUGGACUGCAGUUAUAGUGUCUGGUUUUGCAAUUCCUGUAGAAAAGUAAACGAAUCAGGUGAAGAAUUAUUUGUUUAUCAUUGUUCUUCUUGUGACUUUGACCUAGACAUUAGAUGUGCUUUGCUUAUAAACUUAAUUAGUGGAGAUAUCCCAAAGCUGAAACAUUUUAGCCAUCAACAUUCACUCUUCUUCCUUAAGAAACACUACAUUGAACCCCAAGAUCAAUCUUGCUCUGCAUGUGAAGAGCCAAUAUCAGGUCCUGUUUAUUGUUGUUUUGAUUGUAGCUUUUUCCUUCAUCAGAAAUGCUUUGAGUUACCCCUAGAGAUCAACCACCCUAGUCACCGCAAACACUCUGUUACUCUUCUACCCAACCCUCCACCUCAUCUAGAGAAAUGUUCUUGCCAUUUAUGCACCAAAGCUUUCAAGGGAUUCAUUUAUUAUUGUUCUCUUUGUGAGUUUGGCAUUAAGAUCAAGUAUACUUUCUCUGAUAAAGUGAUCAAAAGUGAGAAUCACGAGCAUCCAUUUAUCCUUGUAUCAAGACCAUUCUCUUUCUUUUGUGAUGCUUGUGGUACUGAUGGGGAGUACUGCAUCCCUUUUGUAUGCACUGAAUGUGACAUUGCAGUUCAUAAGGAUUGCAUUUCACUCCCACAGAAGAUCAAAAUAACAAGACAUGAGCAUCCACUUUCCCACAUUUAUUUCCUUGAAGAAUAUGAGGGAAAAAACAAGGUGUGUAAAAUUUGUUGGGAUGAAAUUAAUAUGGAGUAUGGGAGUUACCGUUGUCUACAGUGUGAUUACUUUGUUCAUGUGAAUUGUGCAACAGAAAAGAUGUGGUGGGAAAAGGAGUACGAUGAGAGUCAGAAGUCCAAUGAAGCCUUGGAAAUGCUAUCGGAUGAAUGGGCUUCUAUUUCUUGUGUUUUAAAGAAGGAGCAUCGUGGAGAGGAGGUAAUUGCCACUGAGAUUCAACACUUUAGCCAUCAGCACAACCUAAUACUUAGUGUGGGUUCAGCUACAUCAGGGAUGAACAUGCUGGCUUCAUGUGCAUCAGAUGCUUUGAAGUACCUGACCACUUCCCUCAUCCAGGACACAGGCACCCUCUUUUCCUUGACAACAAGUAUAAAGGGAAAUGAAGUAGCUGUGAAACUAGAAAUGGUCCUUUUAGAUGCAAGGAUUGUGACUUUGCCUUGUGUUUUGGAUGUGUUGUGUUGCCGCUUACAACCCGGUACAAGUUUGAUGAACAUCCUCUUGCACUCACUUAUUAUGAUGAUCAUGUUAUGGAUCAAUGUUUUUGUGAGAUAUGUGAGGAACCAAGAAACCCAAAUCAUUGGUUUUAUCACUGUAAAAUUUGCGAGUAUUCUGUGCAUCGCUCUUGUGUUCUGGGGAGAUCCCCAUAUGUCAAGCUCGGAUUGACUUUCACAUAUGAUUUGCAUCCACACCCACUCACCUUUGUGAAGGAAGAUUUUGACUACUUUGAAUGCAACAGGUGCCGCAAGCAUUGUAAAAAUGUGUUUCUCAAAUGUUCAGAAUCAUAUUGUAAGUUCACUCGCCACUUGCAUUGUGCUCAGCCCCCAGCAUGGCAAAGGUUUGGCAAAGCGUUACUUGUUUCCUUGUAAAUUCUCCAUCACUGGGGAUUUUUCUUUUUAUCUGUGCUUUUAAGUUUCUAUUUCUAAUGUGCAAUGUGCUUUUUUCUAUUGUUUGGAAUGGAGUUUGUAAUAUUCAAAUAAUUGGAUGCUUGUUUUUUUCCUUUGCAUUAUUUUCAUUUUUUUUAUAAUAUAUAUUUAUUUACGCUUGCAUAUACCCUGCAUUCAAUAAAGAUUAGAUAGUUUU